AUGCGUGUUGUACUUUCCAAGGCACCAGCAGCUUACCCUUAUCCAGACCCUUACUACAGAAGCAUCUUUGCUCCCUAUGACACACAACCAUAUCCUCCACAGCCCUAUGGGGGGCAACCAACGGUCCAUCUUCAGUUAAUGGGAAUCCAGCAAGCAGGAGUUCCAUUGCCAUCAGAUGCAGUUGAGGAACCGGUGUUUGUAAAUGCAAAACAAUAUCAUGGCAUCUUGCGACGUCGGCAGUCUCGUGCUAAAGCAGAAUCGGAAAAUAAAGCUCUUAAGUCUCGAAAGCCAUACUUGCAUGAAUCUCGACACCAGCAUGCACUGAGAAGAGCUAGAGGAUGUGGGGGUCGAUUUCUUAAUGCAAAGAAAAAUGACAACCAGCAGGAUGAAAUGUCAUCAGGCGACAAAUCCCAGCCAAAUAUCAAUUUAAACUCUGAUAAAAGUGAGCUUGCUUCCUCAGAUGGAACAUCCUGAUUACUCGGAAGCAAUUGCAAAGCGCUCAAGGGGCCACAUGAAGUAUCUAUCCUUCAACAACUGCCAGGGAAUGGAGGUCCCCAAUACCAGCCUUGCUAGUUUCGGUAGUGCUUCACUGUGACUCGAAGCUCAUUAGCAAUAGCAUGUAUAGGUUCUUCAGUAGUAGGCUUGUAGGGGGGCUGCAAAAGACAAAGUAGGCAGUCUUAUUGAAGCGCAGUGAUAUAACCGUCUCCCAAAUGGGUUUCAUUUCAACCCUUUGCUUUUUUUUUUCCCAGGAGAGUGAUGGUUAAGUUUGCUGUGUGGUUUAAGUUUGCACUUAUACCUGUUGUGAGGUUGGAAACUUGUCUGACAAAGUUUAGAGCUCGUGUUGUUUGGUUUGGUAAUGUUUCAAUAGAUUGGCAAAAGAUUAGGUUGGCUGCUGUUUAUGUAGUAGUAGUUU